AUGGAGAAGAAGGCUUCGGUAGAGGACAUCCCCCUUUCCAAAGAAGAUGCCAACGCCGGCACCGUUCUCCCUUACCGGGAGACCCAGCGCGGUCUCGCCUCACGCCAUGUGCAAUUGAUGGCUAUUGGGGGUUCAAUUGGCACAGGACUCUUCGUCGGAAUUGGCUCCUACCUACGCGAUGCAGGCCCGCUAUCAUUAUUCCUGGGGUAUCUGAUCUGGGGCUGUUUAUUCAUUUUACCCGUGAAUUUGAGUGUCGGAGAAAUGUGUGCCUAUCUACCCAUUCGAGGAUCGAUCUUUGAACUCGCUGCACGAUUCAUUGACCCUGCUUUUGGCUUCGCCAUGGGAUGGGUCUACUUCUACGGUGGCGUUAUGCUAGUCUGUACCGAAUAUGCCGCCGUCGCUACCGUAAUGCAAUACUGGAAUACCAGCGUCAAUCCCGCCGUCUGGGUAGCCAUGGCCCUAGUCGUCUGCACAUGUCUCAAUCUCGUCGCAGUGAAAUACUACGGCGAAGCCGAAUUCAUAAUGGCGUCGACAAAGAUAUUACUCCUCAUUGGACUGGUCAUGCUCACGUUCAUCACAAUGGUAGGCGGAAACCCCAAACAUGAUGUCUACGGCUUCCGCAACUGGACCUACGGAGUAAUGUACGAAUACUACACCGACGGCGUAACGGGUCGAUUCCUCGGCUUCUUCUCCGUAAUGGUUUACGCAGCCUUCUCCGUCGCAGGUCCAGAUCUCCCAGCCCUCGCCGCAGGUGAAAUUCAGAACCCGCGCCAUACAAUCCCACGCGUCGUUAAGGCGACUUUCUGGCGUAUCGUCGGUUUCUACGUCAUUGGCGUCCUGGCCGUCGGGAUCAUCUGCAGUCCACGAGAUCCUCGCCUUAUAUCCGCCAUUGACGACGCUGCGGCCGGAUCUGCCGCUUCACCUUGGGUAAUUGGGAUCCAGAACCUUGAUAUCCAGGGUCUUCCCGAUCUGAUCAAUCUCCUGAUCCUAUUAUCUGGCUGGUCGUGCGGUAAUGCGUACCUUUACAGUUCGAGUCGAACGCUAUAUUCUCUCGCUCGCGAUGGCCAAGCGCCCAAGUUCCUGCUCAAAUGUACUAAGUCGGGUAUUCCCAUUAACUGCGUGUUUACUGUCACGCUGCUCUCGUGUAUUACCUUCCUCGUCGCGGAUACUUCGUCCGUAACGGUGUUUUUCUGGUUCGUCGACCUUACAACCAUCGCCUUCGUCUUAACCUACACGGGCAUGCUUUGCGUCUUCAUCGCCUGGUACCGGGCCCUAAAGGCGCAGGGAAUCGACCGCAAGGCGUUCGUCCCUUGGGUGGCUCCAUGCCAGCCAUACAUGGCCGUUGUCGCUAUUGUCAUCGGCUGCCUGACUGCGUUAUUCAAUGGGUUCUCGGUAUUCAAGCCGUUCACGAUUGAAGGGUUCGUCACUGCGUAUUUCGGGAUGGCGUUUUGGGCAGUGAUGUUUGCGGAGAUCGAUGAGGAGUGUAAGAUUUGGGAGGAUGGGGAGUGGGAGGAAAGGCGGAAGGUUGAAUUAGCUCAGAUGAAUUGGGCGAGGCGGAUGUGGGAGAAGAUGUGGUGA